AUGAGCGGCAAGCUGGAAGAAUCCAGCCCAGAUCUAGCCACCGACCCAUCAGGCAACAAGCGUAAGAGGAUAUGGGCUGCUUGUGAGCCAUGUCGCAAGCGCAAAUCGAAAUGCGACGGUCAAAACCCGUGCGCAGGAUGCGUUUCCACCAUCAAAACCGCAAUGCUCCCCAUUAAUGCAACAACGCUCCAAACGGGCACCAUCGACGAGGCACUCGUGCAGGUAAAAGCGCAGGAACUUUGCGUAUUCGAUUGGAAUCGUAAGCCACGCGGUCCCAAGGGCAAGAAGGCCGCAUUUGCCGCUGCGUUUGGUGCGGAAGCAUCAGGCAGCGGAGGCGCACCUCGCAGCCAUGCUAGCGCCGGUCCAGCCUACAUGGAAGCGCAGCAACGAGUUCUCGACGAGACGCAACACGUACAUCGCCCGGCGACCACAUACGAUACUGCUUUCACGUUUACAGCCCCGGACAACAUGGCUUCCCACACCAACAGCAGCCUUUCGCAUGCACACGCAAACGGUUGGACAGAUGCGACCGGAUCGGCUCCCCACGGCAAUGGAGCUGCACACUACGUAGACUACCCUUCGACUUCGGCCUUGGCAGCCGUAGGGUCCAGCUCGCACAACUCCGCACAUCCUCCAUUCCCUUCCAACGGCAGCGGCAGACCGGAGCUCUAUCAACGUAGCUCCAACGACAGUGGUAGCUUUUCAGCGUCCGAGUACAGUUCCUACACCUAUGGCCCACGCCAACCAGAGUCGAGCACGUCCGUCUCGACGUUUUCGCCGCCCAUCAUCUCUGGGCAUAUCACGCGACCCAUGGGUACCGAGGAUCGUCCGCUAAAACGCACCACCUACGAGUACGCAAAUGCUCCGGAUCGCGUCAGCAAGGCGUCGUUAAGCGCGUGGGAUGCGCUGGCCGACAGCGCCAGUCAUCCACGCUCUAGCAGCGUUUCGAGCUUGCGGCGCUCCCAAAAUUCGGCGGGCACCUCGCCCACCGAGUUGUACCGCCAGGGCGAGUCGCCAGCACACUCGCAAGGCUCGGGCGGAUUUCCCGCUGCGUCGCCCCAGUCAGACGGCAGCGUCAACUACUACAAUGCGGCCGCGAAGCUGUCACCUGCAGGCGGCGACAACGGCGACUCGCGCUUCCACGACCAAUCCAUGCUCAUCAACCGCCUCAAGCCGUACUAUUCCGAGAAGGACCGUCCGUUUGUGGCGCUCGCCAUCUCGCAAUUCGAAGCGCUCGACUCGUUCGAAAAGAUGGUCCCUUCUCGCUACAUCUUUGGCUCAGCUUCCGGUUCCGGCGGACGCGAUCCGCCUGCGCACGUGCUGCUGGCUCUUUUGGCCUUCUUGGCACACCGUGCGCUGCUCUUGCCGGAUAGCAUGAACAUCGAAGAUCUCGACCUGCAGGCCGGCGACGUCGUCAUGCGAUGCGCCAACAACUACGGCCGCCUCGAAGGCGAUGAUCGCAAGCAGAUGCUGUCGUUUGCGCGUCGCAGUUGGUCUCUGGCCAACGACCUCAUGCUUCAAAAAAUCCGCAGCGGUGAUGUGGAUCCUCGGCUGAUCAUGACGGGUAUGUUGUUGGAGAUGGGCGCAGGAGAGGAUGGUGUGAGCAGCAAGGGCCUGGUUCAGCGCAAGAUGUGGCUCUUCCGCUUGGCCUACUGUUGGCGACUUCAUCAGCUGGACGCGAAGCCCGAUUCGGAAAGCUGGAAGACGCCUUGGGAUGGGCCCGAAGUGCUUCAGAAGGCGCUCGAGAUAUCGGGCGGCUCUACCGCCGACGAUCCCCGAGCACCAUUGCCACGCGCCGCAGACACGCGCAGGAUGGUUCAAGAUCCCAUCGAGCUCGAAGCCAUCCGCAGACAGGUCUCGCUCAUCGUCACAGCAGCAUAUUGGGUGCAGACCGCAGAGAUGCAGGUACCCAAGUUCGACCUCUACUCGAUGGAAUUCGAGCCGGCCGAUGCGGACGACUACAUUCACCACGGCUCCAACUGGACUCCCAAAGUUCACCCGGCCUCCAACGGCUACUUGACGCAGACGCGCGACCUUAUCUUUCGCACGUACGGUCGACUCACUCGUCUGCUGCACACGCCCCUCGCCGACAUUUGCACGGGCCAUUCACCCGAGCCUGAUCUGCAGCACGCCAUCACUGAGAUGGAGACGACACUCGACUGGCUCGUAGAGCGUAUCGGCUCGGUGACGUACGAGGGACCCGAGAUGCCGUUGCGUGUUGCGGCUUUUGUGCACGCCCGCAUAUUGGCGUUGCUGAUGUAUCGACUUUUCACGUCGAUCCAGGCUUUCUUCUUCCUAUUCCCCGAGAGGACGACGGCGAGGACGGACAAGUCGCUUCGGAUCGCUUCUACACUCAUGCCCAAGAACGAGCAGCGCUCCAACUUUGAAAUGAUUGCUGGAGGCGGGUGGGCGCCCGAGUCGGAGAGCGAGGAUGACAGUGCGGCUGGGCGAGAUUUCCAGGGGCGUAAACUUCUGCCUCGACCGCAGUUCUCUCGACAUCCGAUGAAGGCGUCGAUGGCGGUGUUGUGGGAGACGGGCGCUUUGGCGAAGCGACUGCUGUCGCUGCAUCGAGCCCGCGACGCUGCUCUGGAGCCGAUCGAGGGAGGUGCAGCCGAGACAUGGAAGGGUGGCGAUGCGGAAAAGACGGGCAACGAGGUGGGCAAGACGAUGGAUGCGUCUCUGCGUGCGGUACGAUGGCCGCGUCAUCUGCGUCUGUUCGCACAGCACGCCUACGCCAUGGCAGCCGAAGCGCACGUGGCAGGAACCUCGUGGAUCGACACGUACGGCGACGAGAACCCUGGAUGGAAGAAUCCAGCGUCGUUCGACCUGCUGCCCGAGUUCAACAACGAGCACAUCGAGAGCGGACUGUGGGACACGGGAGACGCGUUUUUGGAGCUGCUCGAGGCGAUGGCCAAGAUGGGAAGCACGCAUGCGAGGAGCACCGAGGAAACGACGUUGAGGUAUCGACAGGAGCGGUGGAAUUGGGCAAAGAGGUAUCAGCAGCCGCCGAGUGGGUUGACUAGCAUGCCUAAUCCGAAGUAG